AUGUCCCGAGGCCCCGUUCUCCAUGACUAUCGACCCGAUACAGAAGCUUCGAGCAGCGGCAGCGGCCGAGGCAACGACCACCGCCACCAUCUCGAGCUGAUGGAUUCCUCAUCACCGGCGGGGGCUGCCGGGGCCCCUCCGGGGCUGAAGCGCAAACGUUCGUCCGCGGUCAUCGCUGAUGCUCCGGCCGACAUCCGUCUCGCGCAGCAUCCGCAGACGGCCUCGCCCAGUGCGGCUGCCGACGCUACCAUCACGCCGCCAACCAGCCACCAUCCCCCGCUACCGUCGCCGUCAGCCAGAACGGCGAGCCCUCCCGCCAAGCGUCUCAACCGGAACCGAAGUCGAUCUCCGCCCCACGGCAUCGGCGUCGGCGGCAGCGCAGAGGGCAGCGAUGCCCGCACCUCCGACCCGAGCCCGAACGGCCAGCAGCAGCAACAGCAGCAGCAGCAGCGCCGACACCCGGCGCAGCAUGAAUCGGCCGCCGGAUCCAACCCCUGGAAAAUCGGCGCUUCCGACGCGUCGCCAUCUCGCAGCGACUCGGCCUCGGGCCCCGCCGCUGCACCCCAUCCGCCCCUCUCCCCAUCGUCGUCGUCGUCGGCGGCGCCGUUGCGGUCGGCACCAAAAUUCGCCACCGGGCCACACGCGUCGGAUCCGAAAAAUAUUGCCUCAGCCGCCGAAUCCACCGCAUCCUUCGAACCCGCCCCGACCACCGUGGACACCUCGACAUCACCGCUGGCGGCAGCAGAAUUGACAUUGGCACUCGAGCCAGGCAUCACCCCGCCGACAUCGGGCAUCGACCGCGACAUCGGGUCGAAAGGCCGGAUGCGCGUCGCCGACGUCGAUGCGAUCCAGGCUCCGGUCUCGGCGCAGCUGCCGACGGCGGCGAUCGCCUCGGAAGACGACGAGGAUGCCGAUGCCGAGGGCGAGGACGAUCCAGCCAGCGCAGAUCGGGAGGUCUCCACCGUCUGCGGCCAUGUUCCGGCCGAUGCCGCUUCGGCCAUGCCGAUGGUCCCUGCCGUCAAGAUCGAGGCCGACGAAAGCAUGUCGUUUGCCAGUCCGAGUCCGGCGACCCGGCAGCGCAAGCUGGCCGCGGUGCGAGCGCCAUCCGUUUCGGCCGAGCGAUCCGCAAAGAGCGUGGCGGCAUCGCCGGUGCCCGCGGCAAUCAUGACGCUGACUUCGACGUCCGACAACUCGCUGGCAGCCUCGGCUCCUUCGACGAGGGCCACGACGCCAGCGCUGCACGCCACGCCACAUUCACGGCGAAGAAAGAGGGAACGCGCCGCCAACGGCAGCGUCACACCGCGAGUGCCGCUGCCUCGCCUGGACAGCGCCGAUCGCCGAAGGUCCGGACGCAUCGCAAAGGCUUCGUCGUCCCACGCGGCGCCGUCGGAUCCCUCCUCGUCCUCGCUCUCACAACUAGGUGCUAGAUUUGGGUUCUCGCCAUUCCUCGAAGGCCUUGUCUUGGGCACCCGCGAGCCAGAGAGGCGCACGAGGAGCGGCAUCAGAGGUGCGCGCGCCGCACCCGGUCGCAGCGGCGCCACGACGAAACGGGGCUCCAAGGCAAAGUCGGUUCAGCUGGAAAAGGAGGCCAGCAAGGAUAGGGAGGACGAUGGGCCUAGCGACGACGCAAAAGCCGAGCUGUACCUCCAGCUCUGCAUCCUCUCUCAUCAAUUGCAGGCUGAGCUCGAGAUGGUCCCUUUCAAGACGGUCGAGGAGCUCAGGGCCGAGUUCCUCGCGCCACCAUCCGCUCCCGGUCCGGACGAGGACGCCGCCAUCGCGAGCGUGGAUCGCACCGGGAAGCUGCCGGAUGAAUCCGCGGCAUGGCCCCCGACGCCGCCGCCUCAGUUCGCCACAGCGCGCGGCCAAGGUCCAUCGAGGUCGACGGCCACGACAGCCGCGACGUCGAGGAACGCUAGCCCGACCAAGGCGAGGACGUCUGUACCCGUCCAGUCGCGGGUCGAGACGCCGCCAUCAUCGCCCGAGAUGCCGCUGAUGGCAAGCCUUGCCCAGCAUCGCAGGCAAGCCGAGACCGUGGAUCGCCCCGAUCCGCUUCCCUGGGUCUCGCAGGCUUGGCAAGAUGCGAACCCGGGGCCUCAUAAUGCUGGCGUCGAGGAUUCGCCCGUCCUGCGACCGAGCCGCCCAAACAUCAUGUCGAUCUCGGCCCUGAUGUCUGCGCCUUCGCCACCACGUCGACGGUCGACGCUGACGCCCGCCAGGCCCGCCCCGUGGGAGUGGACGCAGGAGGAUGACAUGGCCACAGAGAUACUCCGCGGGCUUGGCAUGGAUCCUCGUGGCUUCAGCAUACCCGCCACGAACACGGACUCCUCGACGGCCGUCACCCGCUCUGGCACACAGACACCCGCGGAGCCGGACGUCGAGGUGCGGCCAACCAGCAUCCUAGACCCGCACCACAUGAACGUCCUCUCGGCAUUGGACCUCGACGCCAUCUUUGCCCGGGAAGAGGAAGAGUACGCCAAGGAAAAGGAGGGCUGCAGCGAGCUGUACGCCGCAAUGCGCUACCUCGCCGUGUACGACGAGGUUGUGGACCGCUGGAGGACGUCGGCCGUUGCUCGCCUGCGAAAGCAGAUGGACAUGCGCAAGCAGGAGGUCGCCCGCCUGCUGUCUGCGGAGCGCGACGCCGCCUGGAUGGACUUCCACGACGGGCAAGAGUCGCUGCUCAUCAGGGACGGUGCGGCCAAGCUGGCUCACGCGAGGUGGCAAGCCGAGUCGGAGCGCAACCGCAUCUCUCUCCGCAAGCCGCAGAGCCGGGCCAUGGCCAAAGUACAGCGCAACCUAUUUGUGCCCGGCGACAGCGACGCCGCCAAACUGCCAGAGGGACGGCGGCUCUACCACCAGUACGGCACAUUCCUUCAGAGAGGCGCCCACUCGAGCCUGCAGGAGCCGCUCCUGCGCGCCGACAUCGACAAGAUCCGGAAGGGUGUGGCCGGUCCCAGCAGACCCCUCUCGGGCCAGGCCGGCCCCGGGGGUAUCGCCGGCGAGGAGCAGGAGCACGAUGACGAUGACGAGGACGCCGACGAGGAAGGAUCCAGGCUCGAUGUCGAUGCCGAUGGCGAUGCUACAUCCUCCUCGGUCGGGUCCGAGUCCGGCAUCUCGUCGCUGCCAUCGUUCACCUCGGUGUCCUCGGACGACGAAAGCAGCAGCGAGAGCGAGAGCGGGAGCGAGGCUACGCCCUAUCAUGACGACGAAGGAUCGGCGAUGGACAUCGAUGCCGCGACGCCUUCAGGCAAAGGUGCGGCGCUCAUGGAUCACGGGCACGAUGCGCAUGCGGCAGCGGAAGCGGAACAGAGCCACGGGUCGCUCAAGAGGCAGCGGAGACCUCCCCCGCCAGGCGUGCGGUGGUGGAAAGCCGGUCGGCCGAUGGAGUGA